AUGGGUAAGACACAGAAGAAAAAUAGUAAAGGUCGUUUAGAUAGGUACUAUUAUCUUGCUAAAGAGAAGGGUUACCGUGCCCGUUCAUCUUUUAAGAUUAUUCAAAUUAAUGAGAAGUUUGGUCAUUUUCUAGAAAAAUCUAAGGUUGUUAUCGAUUUGUGUGCUGCUCCAGGUUCUUGGUGCCAAGUUGCAUCUAAAUUAUGUCCUGUGAAUUCAUUAAUCAUCGGUGUGGAUAUUGUUCCAAUGAAACCAAUGCCAAACGUCAUAACUUUUCAGAGUGAUAUCACAACAGAAGACUGUAGAUCCAGAUUGAGAGGUUACAUGAAGACCUGGAAAGCAGACACUGUUCUUCAUGAUGGUGCUCCAAAUGUUGGUUUAGGUUGGGCCCAAGAUGCUUUCACACAAUCUCACUUAACUUUGCAAGCUUUAAAACUGGCCGUUGAGAAUUUAGUAGUCAAUGGUACCUUUGUUACCAAAAUUUUCAGAUCAAAAGACUAUAACAAAUUGAUUUGGGUGUUUCAACAGCUGUUCGAAAAGGUUGAAGCCACCAAGCCACCAGCUUCAAGAAACGUUUCUGCAGAAAUUUUUGUGGUAUGCAAAGGGUUCAAGGCUCCUAAAAAAUUAGAUCCAAGACUGUUAGAUCCUAAAGAAGUUUUUGAAGAACUUCCAGAUGGUCCACAAAAUAUGGAAGCUAAGAUUUAUAAUCCUGAAAAGAAAGUGAGAAAGAGGCAAGGUUACGAAGAAGGUGAUCAUCUACUAUACCAUGAAUGCUCUGUACUCGAUUUUGUUAAAUCAGAAGACCCAAUAACAGUAUUAGGUGAGAUGAAUAAAUUUACUGUUGAACAGGAUGACCCAGAAUGGAAAAUCUUGAAAAGGCUAAAACAAACAACAAAUGAAUUCAUGGCAUGUAUUGAAGAUCUUAAAGUCUUGGGUAAAAAGGAUUUCAAAAUGUUGUUGAAGUGGAGGAAAGCCUCUAGAGAUAUUUUAGGUUUAGAUAAAGACGAAGACAAGGGAGACAUUGAAAUAGAACCGUUAAAUGAAGAAGAGCAGAUUGAAAAAGAACUAAGAGAUCUACAAGAAAAGCAGAAACAAAAGCAGAAGCGUGAAAAGAGAAGAAAGAACGAGGAGAAACAGAAGGAACUAACUAGAAUGCAAAUGAACAUGUUAACUCCAACGGAUAUUGGUAUCGAAGCUGCAAACAUUGGUAGAGAUUCUCUAUUUAAUUUAAAAACUGCUGAAAAGACUGGUAUUUUAGAUAAAUUGGCGAAGGGUAAGAAGAGAGUUAUUUUCACUGAAGAUGAAAUUGCACAAGAUAACGACCUCCAUAUUGAUGAAAACAUAGUCAUUAGAGAUCGCCAUGAUAUGAAUGAAGUUGAUGACUUAGAAGGUGAGCUAAAUGCCAUGUAUCAAGAUUACAAAAAUAGAAAAGCCGAAAGAGAUGCUAACUUUAGAGCAAAACAAGCUAGAGGUGGAGAUGUGGAAGACGAAUGGACCGGCUUUGAAGGUACCAAAGACUCGGAAGAUGAGAAUAAUGAGCCUAAGGACUAUAUUGAAUCUGAUGACUCUGAAUUAUCCGAUGAAGAUGAUGAUGAGGCGAUUAACCAACUUAUCAGUAAAUUGAAGAGUCAGAACAAUGGUUCCAAAUUGAGUAGUCAAGCCAAGGCCUUGUUCAGUAACCCAUUAUUUGAAAAUGUGCAACCUAUUCUACAGUCAAAGACUGAUGAUGUAGUGGACUCAGAAAGUGUUGGGGAUGCAACCAAGAUUAGCAAUAAAAGAUCUUACAAUGAAAUGAAAAAAGAGGAUCUAUCAGAUAGCUCGGAUGAAGAUUCGUCCUCUGAAUCUGACUUUGAAAUUGUUGCCAAUGAUGAAAGCGAUGGCGAUAUUGAUUCUGAUUACGAUUCUGAUGAAGAACGAAAGAGAACCACCAAAGAGAAAUAUGAUAAGGAUAUUGAUAUUGCCACUGUUGAAGCAAUGACAUUGGCUCAUCAAUUGGCACUUGGUCAAAGAUCUAAACAUGAUCUGGUCGAUGAGGGUUUCAACAGAUAUGCGUUCAGAGAUACUGAGAACCUUCCAGAAUGGUUCUUAGAGGAAGAAAAGCAGCAUUCAAAGGUUAAUAGACCGAUAACUAAAGAAGCUGUAAUGGCGUUGAAGGAAAAAAUGAAAGCUCUUAAUGCACGCCCGAUUAAAAAGGUGGCAGAAGCCAGGGCAAGAAAGAAAAUGCGUGCUGUUAAGCGUUUAGAAAAGAUUAAGAAGAAGGCAGGCUUAAUCAAUGAUGACAGUGACAAAUCUGAAAAGGAUAAAGCGGAAGAAAUCGCAAAGUUGAUGCGUAAAGUUACAAAGAAACAAAAAACUAAGCCUAAGGUUACAUUGGUGGUUGCCCAUGGUAAAAACAAAGGUCUAUCAGGUAGACCAAAGGGUAUCAAAGGUAAAUAUAAGAUGGUUGACGGUGUACUAAAGAAUGAACAGAGAGCAUUGAAACGUAUUGCUAAGAAACACCAUAAAAAGAAAAAAUAG